GAAGGGAAGGCAUUGGUCGACUGGUUACGUGAGGUCACUGAUUCACCUGCCCACUUCUCUGCUGCAUCUGAACAUAGUCAUCAUGCCUCGUGGUCAGAAGAGUAAGCUCCGUGCCCGGGAAAAACGCCGCCAGGCCCUAGAAGAGUCCCAGGAUCUGGGUCUUCAGAGAACCACAUCCACCACCACUAAUGCUGCAACCGUUUCAUACACAAGAUCAAAUGAUGGUGCCAGUAAUGAAGAAGGUCCAAGAUCUUCACAGGACCCAACAGCCACUGAGCCCCUCCAUAGAAGCCCUCUAGAUGAAAAGGUGUUUAUACUGGUGUAUUAUCUGCUGUACAAGUAUCAAAUGAAAGAGCCAAUUACCAAGGCAGAUAUGCUGAGAAAUGUAAUCCAGAACUAUAGGAAUCACUUCCAUGAGAUCCUCAAGAGGGCUUCUGACCAUCUGGAGCUGAUCUUUGGCCUUGACACAAGGGAAUUGGAUCCCUACAAGCACAUCUAUGUCCUCAUCAACAAACUGGAACCAAAUUGUGAUGGGAGGGUGAGCGAUGGUAGUAGUCUGCCCAAAAGUGGUUUGCUGAUGCUUGUUCUAGGUGUGAUCUUCAUGAAGGACAAUUGUGCCACUGAGGAGCAAAUGUGGGAAGUUCUGAAUAUGAUGGGGAUAUUUGCUGGGAGGAGGCACUACAUCUAUGGGGAGCCUAGAAAGCUCCUCACCCAAGAUUUGGUGAAAGAAAAUUACCUAGAGUACCGGCAGGUGCCCAAUAGCAAUCCUCCACGCUAUGAGUUCUUAUGGGGUCCAAGAGCCCAUGCCGAAACCAGCAAGAUGAGAGUCCUUGAGUUUGUGGCCAAGGUCCAUAAUACGGUCCCCAGUGCUUUUCCAACCUGGUAUGAAGAAGCUUUACAAGAUGAAGAAGAAAGAGCCCGAGCCAGAGCUGCAGCCAGGGCUCGUACUGCUGCCAUGGCCAGUGCACGUUCCAGAGCCAUGGCUGGUGUGCGCUCCAGGGCCACGGCCAGCAGCUCCUCUCACCCCUAGUAAAGUCUGAGGCAGAUUCUUCACUUUGUUGUUUAAAAAAGUCUAUGUUCUCAUUAGUGGAAGGUCAGGGUGCGGCUGGAGAUGACAGAAUGUAUAACAUGUUUGUGUUCCUAUUCUGUGUGUUAACCUAGAUAAUUUUUAAAUAGUUUUUCCUUUUGAUAGAGGUUUAUUAGCUUCAAAAUCCAAGUUUGUGAAUGAUAUUGCUCAAAUUUGUGCCAUGUAUGAGAUUUAAGAGUAAUAGAUUAUUUAUUUUUUAUUUACUUUUAUUUUUAAGAUUGGCACCUGGGCUAACAACUGUUGCCAAUCUUUUUUUUUCUGCUUUAUCUCCCCCAACCCACCCUGUACAUAGUUGUAUAUCUUAGUUGCAGGUCCUUGUAGCUGUGGAUAUUUUUUAAAUGAAAUGGGGAAACUCUCCAUCUUACUUGGUGAUUUGUAACACGACAACAUGUCAGUGGAUUAGGCAUUUCCCUGGAAAUGUAAAAGAAUUCAGCAGUAAAAUACUUGAGGUUAAGAAAUAGAGAAAAAAAAGUUGGCCAAAUAUUGCAUUCUCUGUUCACUUUUAGUCUGUUGUUUAAGUGAUAUAUGCUUGGAUAUAUGUAUAUUAUUCAAAAAUGUAGA